AUGUCUUCGCAGCAAGGACCCCAGGGUCCUCCAUCUGGAGCAUCUGGGCAACCCGGACGAGGUCCUCCGUACGCGCCUUUGAAUGCCGGCUUGGGUGGAACACCAACGAUUGUGCCUGACGUGCCACUUGCGGUCAUUUUUCUUAUCCUCUACCUCAUCUUUGGUGUCAUCCACAUCAAGAUCUUCAAGGGGAACAAGCAUCGCGGGCACAAAUUCAUAUUCAAUGGCGCUAUACUCGGUCUCUGCAAGAUUCGGAUCAUUACCAUGUCCCUACGGAUAGCAUGGUCCAAUUAUCCUAGGAACGUCGGACUUGCUAUCGCAGCGAACAUCUUCGUCUACAUCGGCACCAUCAUCUUGUACGGUGUGAACUGGUUUUUCGUCCAGCGCAUUGUACGCGCCCAGCACGCACGUCUAGGAUGGUCAACACCGUACCGCAUCUUCCAUAGAGGCGGGCUUGUCUUGCUGAUUGCUUCACUGCUCAUGCUCGUCGUAAGCCAGAUCUGGGGGUUCUUCACGCGCGACCAAAGCAAGCUCGAUGCUUUUCACGUUUUGUUCGUCAUCGCGCAGACGUACCUCACCAUAUUCUGCUUUGCACCGGUCGUUCUCGUCGGCAUCUCCCUCCUCGUCCCACGAACAGAAGUCGAGAAGUUUGGUGCUGGUCGACUGAGAUACAACAUCAUCAUCCUGCUCAUCUCCGUGUCCAUCCUCUCGAUUGGACAGAUAUUCCGUUGCGUUUUGGCCUGGAUUCCUCCAACUCCAUUGGUCGAUGUCCAGCGCCAUGCUAUCGACUUGCCGUGGUACCUGACGAAGGGAAGCUUCUAUUGCUUCAAUUUCGUCACUGAGAUCUUUGUGGUCAUCAUGUUUGCCGUUGUCCGUGUCGACUUACGCUUCUAUGUGCCAAACGGAGCAAGGAAGUCAGGUGAUUACUCGAGAAGUCACGUCGAUUUGCACGAUGAGAACGAGAAGAAUCUGCCCAUACCCGCGCCCGUUCUUCCUAUCUCAAUGAUGCAUCAGAACGACUCAAAUCAGACACUGCACAGAUAUCAGUCGUCUGUGUUUGAGGAUACACAGACACUGGCCGAUUCGCUACAAUACCCUCACUCAACACUAGAAGUGGAUGACAAGACAGGCAGCUGGAAGGUCAAGCGUCUCUCAAGCGAUUCCACGAGAAGUCGGCGUACUACCAUUUCUUUCGCGACCUCAUCUAGAACAACACUAAACGACAAGGCUCCGCGCGCCGAGGACAACGUGCCUCCGGUUCCUGAGCUCCCUGCUGAAUGGCCACUACCAGCUUCUACCCCGCCGCCGAAUGCAAGCUCCGUUCUGGAGCAUACAAACCCGCCCUCGCGCCGCGCCACACCACAACGAGAGACCUAUGAGCUUGAACAUCACCAGUUGAAUGAGUUCGAUAUAGGUGAUGCGGUUACCGACGCCUUGGCCAAGUUGGAGAUGAACAGUGAAAGACGCACACCCAACCUUUUGACACCUCCACCAAGAUCUCACCGCAAAUCGCCUGUACAGGCCUACACGCCCACUCUUCCCUCCAAAAGCGAAGGCCGUUCGCCGUCUCGAAGUGCCCGCAAGCGCGUUACCUUCCCACAGAAAGAGGUCAUUCGCAGCCGGGCGAGCAGCGCUAAUUCUCAUGGUCGGAGAACUCCUGCUACAGAGAAGAUACCUGAAAUCCCUAUCCAGAGGCCUGCGGAGUCGUCAUUACCUAGACCCUCUCACCGGUCUGGUCCAACAAGAAGUCCCAGUUUGGAAAUCAUUUCCCUGCUGAACCACAUGAGCAGCGAUUCCACUCGCAUCAGAGACGCAUCGCUGCAGCGAACACGUGCCAGCUCAGUCGCAGGAUCCGAGGAGCCUAAGACUCCUGUUUCCUGUACGAUAACACGGCAGACAAGCUCAAAACACAGUUCUGACAAUAGCUCGACGAGUUCCGAUGCACGCGAAAAAGAACUGGCGAGGGAGGAAUUCCGUCGUUUUAGCUCAGAAGCGCCGCACAGGUACUGA